AUGAACACAGGCCAUGCUCCAGGGGAGGGGGCAAAGCUGGACUUCGCAUCAACCGGAUCUAACCUGGAGUGGAUGACAUGCCAUGUCAAAGGAGUGUCUCAGAGGGUAUGCGGGGGGUGGACUGCAGGGAGAGGGAGAGGACCCCUCCCACCCACAGUGUUGCAGGCCAGCAGGAAGACAGGCACCCGGGGCAAGGCUGCAGCCACCAAACAGGCCCAACGUGGCUCUUCCAACGUGUUUUCCAUGUUCGAACAAGCCCAGAUCCAGGAAUUCAAGGAAGCCUUCAGCUGCAUCGACCAGAACCGGGACGGUAUCAUCUGCAAGUCUGACCUGAGGGAGACCUACUCCCAGCUUGGGAAGCUGAGUGUCCCUGACGAGGAGCUGGACGCCAUGCUGCAGGAGGGAAAGGGCCCCAUCAACUUCACUGUCUUCCUCACACUUUUUGGGGAGAAGCUUAAUGGUGAGCUGGGUGUUCGGGACCCUCCUCCUGCUUCUGCCUGGUCUCCAUCUCCAGUGGCCACACAGGCCCAGAGAAGGUGGCCCCACUGCAUGGACCUCCCCAACGUCCCACAGGCACUGCCGGCAAAGUCCCAACUCCAGAGUGAGCAAAUGGGCCUUCAGGUCCACUUCCUAACCCUAAGUCCCGACCUUCUCCCUGCCUCGUCCCCUCUGGUCCCCAAGGGACACUUUGUAUCAGUAGGAGAUAGGGGGCUCCAUGCGUACCCUGGGACUCUUCCUGGGUGGGGCCAGUUGGCUGAGGGGGUGGGUGCUUGCCCGGCUUUCUCCACCCCAGGGACGGACCCUGAGGAGGCUAUCCUGAGUGCCUUUCGCAUGUUUGACCCCAGUGGCCAGGGGGUGGUGAACAAGGAUGAGUUCAAGCAGCUCCUCCUGACCCAGGCAGACAAGUUCUCUCUGGCUGAGGUUGAGCAGAUGUUCGCCCUGACACCCAUGGACCUGGCAGGGAACAUCGACUACAAAUCCCUGUGUUACAUCAUCACCCACGGAGAUGAGAAAGAGGAGUGACGGGAGCCGGGCCACCGGGGAGGGCUCAGGCCUGUGGGAUCCUCAAUAA